UACAGGACAAGUGUUUCCACAGCUCCCAGGGUUCAUUCACAAACAGGAGUUUAUUACAGCUGACAGCUAUGUAUUUUCAUAGGAAUAUCGUCGUUUACGUCCUUCUACUUGGUUUUUGUCAGGUGAAUUUAAGUAGUGAAAAUGAAGACACCAUUCUACAUCGUCAACGACGUCAAACAUCGUGUUUCGCUAGACUGGGAUGUUUCUCAAAUGACCCGCCCUACAACAACACCAUAGAACUUCCCCAGGACCCCAAUUUCAUCAACACGACGUUUAAACUAUACACGAGAACAAACCCGAACCAUCCAUCUUUUCUGUUCACCCAUUCAGCAGAGUCUGUACAUAGAUCUAGGUUCGAUAGCUCGAAGCCCGUUCGAAUUAUCAUCCAUGGUUUUCUUCAAAGUACGAGGCUGCCGUGGGUGGUCGAAAUGGUUCAAAAACUGUUGCAAGCCGAGCCACAAAACGUCAUCGCCGUGGAAUGGGGCCAAGGCGCCGGAUUUCCUUACACACAGGCCGCAGCCAAUACCCGGCUGGUUGGAGCAGAAGUAGCCAAUCUGGUCGCUCACUUGUGUCACGUGACUGGAAUCAGCAGGAGGCAGUUCCAUAUGAUUGGUCACAGUUUAGGCGCGCACGUUGCAGGAUACGCUGGAAACCGACUACCAGGAAUGGGUCGAAUAUCAGGUUUAGAUCCAGCGCAGCCGAAUUUUGAACAUGAACAUCCACAGGUUCGACUUGAUCCAACAGAUGCAGACGUCGUCGACGUCAUUCACACAGACGACACGCGAUACCACGAGGUCGGAGGUUUUGGUAUGCGGUCUCCCGUUGGCCACAUGGAUUUCUACCCCAAUGGCGGUCAUUACCAACCGGGUUGUGAAACAGACACUAUUAGCAACGUUUUAUCAGACGCCAUUAACCAUGGAAUUGAAGAUGCUGAGGUUGUGAUGGGCUGCAGCCAUGACCGAGCCGUGCAUCUGUUCAUCGAAUCCAUCAACUCACAGUGCCACUUCACGGGUUACACGUGCUCAUCGAUGGAAGACUUCAGACACGGCAUAUGUUACCACUGCGGCAACAGGCCUUGCCCUUCCAUGGGUUACAAGGCCAGCCAUUACAAGUCCAGAGGAAUCUUUUAUCUAGCGACUUGUGGCCACUCGCCUUUCUGUGUUGCCCAGUAUUUCGUCGAAGUGGACUUGUCUCAGCAUAUGACCAAUCUGAGAGGGGAGGUCAAAGUACAGCUUCACGGGUCACGAGGAAACACAGAUGUCAGCGAAAUAUUUAGGGGAUUUAUUCAACAUGGCGCUGCCCUGCACGGAGUGGUCGUUUCCGGUUCCGAGAUAGGCGAGGUGCAGCGGGUGACGAUCUUCUACGCGUACGCCCGAACGUUCUUCCACUGGGGAGACAGUCCGUCUCUGGUGGUCGAGAGAGUGAAGGUGUUGUCGGCCAGACGACGUACAAGAGUACAGUUUUGUUCAGAUGUCACAAUCACCGACGGCGGCACCGGGGUUCUCACCAACCCAACACGGAGAUGUCGCUGAUCAUUGUCAGAGUCAGCGAAUAGCACCGACUACGUGGUCUCCACCGAGAAUGAAACAUUAAUAGAAGGAAGUGUAAUAAAAUAUUAACCAUAUGUCGUAAAAUCUAAUACGCUUACUCUCGUUUACUUUAGAAUGUGAAGAAAAUCAUUGGAAGGUCUUGUUCAGCCUUGAUGUAAUGGAGAACGCGCAGUGGAUUUUAGAAUCUGAUUACAGACUGAUCCAUUGUAAUUAGACCAUGUAUUUUUGUAGACAUGUUUCGGAUCCUGCAUACACAUCUGUUUUGCUUAUUGGCAUAAACAUAUUGAUGUUUAACAAAAUAUAUUUUGUUUUGUAAAGCACUCGUGUAUCCAUUUGGACAUUUGUAAGGAUCGGAAACAUAAAAUGUAUGACCCAUGCCCUAACGUAACGCAGUGCUUCAAUUGAUGGCAUAUUAUAUUCAAUCAUGUAACCAGACGAGUGAGCGUAUUUUAUUUUCACAAUUUCAAUAAAUGUUCUAUUCUAGUAUCCAGUAUUUGAAACCGAUUUUAUUUGUGUAUAUACAUGUGUAGAGGUUUCAUGUUUUACUUUUUGUUAACCUAAUGAUUGUGUCGAUUUAUCAUUACCGUUAAGGCACAAAUGAAAUAAAUGAUUAAUUAAAUGAA